CCUCAUGUCAGCCGCGUGCACUGCGCAGGGCUUUGUGUUCAACUACAGUACCCACACGUCACUGUAGAGCGGCUGUUAUCCGGGGAUAUAUCACCGCUGCUGUGUUUCUCCUUAGUCUAGCGCUCUCUCCUUUUUAGCGGAUUGGCACAACAGGGUAGGAUUACUAGAAGGAAUACAAAAACAUAAGCAAAAAUGGCAGAGCUGGGAGCGGGGAGCCUGCUAACAGGAGAUCCUGCUUUUAAUUACCAAGAGCAUGAGCUAAACGAGCGUUUGAAGCGGCUGUACCCGGCCGUGAAUGAGGAAGAGACCCCCUUACCCCGAUCUUGGAGCCCCAAGGAUAAGUACAGCUACAUCGGGCUCUCACAGAAUAAUCUGCGGGUGCAUUACAAAGGCCACGGAAAAAACCACAAGGAUGCAGCAUCUGUUCGGGCAACACAUCCCAUCCCUGCGGCUUGUGGCAUCUACUACUUUGAGGUGAAGAUCGUAAGCAAAGGAAGAGAUGGGUACAUGGGAAUUGGACUGUCUGCCCAGGGGGUCAACAUGAACAGACUGCCUGGUUGGGACAAGCACUCCUAUGGUUAUCAUGGGGACGACGGACACUCCUUUUGUUCCUCAGGGACCGGCCAACCGUAUGGCCCAACUUUCACAACGGGUGACGUCAUUGGCUGCUGCGUGAACCUCAUCAAUAACACAUGCUUUUACACCAAGAAUGGGCACAGUUUAGGUGUGGCGUUCACAGAUCUGCCACCUAACCUGUACCCCACAGUAGGGCUGCAAACUCCAGGGGAGAUAGUAGAUGCUAAUUUUGGCCAACAGCCUUUUGUGUUUGACAUUGAGGACUACAUGAGCGAAUGGAGGGCCAAGAUACACAGCAUGAUCGCCCGCUUCCCCAUCGGAGAAAGACUGGGAGACUGGCAGGCGGUUCUGCAGAAUAUGGUGUCCAGCUACCUGGUGCAUCAUGGGUAUUGUGCCACAGCAAUGGCAUUUGCCAGAGCCACAGAGACCAUGAUCCAAGAGGACCAAACCUCAAUAAAAAACAGACAGAGAAUACAGAAGCUGGUAUUGGCGGGACGUGUUGGAGAAGCCAUUGACGCAACGCAGCAGUUGUACCCCGGACUCCUAGAACACAACCCAAAUUUACUCUUCAUGUUGAAGUGUCGGCAGUUUGUGGAGAUGGUGAAUGGUACAGAUAGUGAGGUACGGUGCUUUAGUGUCCGCUCUCCUAAAUCACAGGACAGCUAUCCCGGCUCCCCCAACCUGAGCCCACGGCAUGGAGCCACCAACGCUCACUUGCACAGCACAGGAGCAGACAGUCCCACAUGCAGUAACGGAGUCACUCCUCCUAACAAAAAUAAGAGCCACAACAAAUACACAGGCGUAAGCUCCGCCUCCUCCUCUCCAUCCUCCUCUCCCUCCUCCGUCAAUUACUCAGAGUCCAACUCUACCGACUCCACCAAGUCCCAGCCACACAGUGCCACCAGCAACCAGGAGACUAGGUGUGUGGUGGUGUUCUUUGGUGAUAGUGAGAUGGAGAUUGAGGCAGAACAUUACAGCAAUGGCGUGACAGAAAGCUCAACUCGCAUUAUGAAUGGCACAUACAAACACCAGGAAAUCCUACAGGCGGAUGACAGCAGUGUUGGCAAUGGAGUAGCAGAUGACAGCUGCAGCUCCAGACAGCUGUGCGGAGGAAACCAGGCGGCCACAGAGAGAAUGAUCCAGUUCGGCAGAGAGCUUCAGGCCCUCAGCGAGCAACUCUGCCGCCAGUACGGCAAGAACGCCACUCACAAAAAGAUGCUGCAGGAUGCAUUCAGUCUGCUGGCAUACUCAGACCCCUGGAACUGCCCCGUGGGCCAGCAGUUGGACCCCAUGCAAAGAGAGGCGAUCUGCUCCGCUCUCAACAGCGCUAUUCUGGAGUCUCAGAAUCUGCCCAAACAGCCACCUCUCAUGCUGGCUCUGGGUCAGGCCACCGAGUGCGUGCAGCUGAUGGCCAGGGUUCGCUCUGGUUCCUGCUCCUUCGCCAGAGUCGACAACUUUUUGCACUAGCACCAGUCCAGGCAAUGUUCAGGACGGCUACGAAUAGGACUUUCCAGUUGGUUGCCACGACGAGAACAUGCGUUUGAAUUGGUGUGUCGCUUGCCGUUUGCCAGAAGCAGCCGAGCAGAAUGAAUAGAAACAUGAGAAGAGAGGCUUCUUUUUAAAUUAGUAUUAUCAAAUACAAAUUGUGUGACACUAUUUAAAGAUAAUUAAUUAUUCUGUUUAUCUAGUCAUUUUUAUUUUAGUUUAUAUUUUGUCCGUUUGUUGUGCUCAUUUUGAAACAAAUCAACUUCCCAAACUAUUUUUUUUUUCAUGGGUGAAUUCAGUGCAUAGUAUUUCAAGCAUACCAUAUCAACAAUAUACAUAAUGGUAAGUUCCUACUGAAAAUUUGAGCUACGCACUCUGGUUUUUCUCAGUCAGAGCUCAGGUAUUUAGACAAAUGUUCUUUGGUCAUCAGAGCGGGAUAUUUGCGGAAACAGGUGUCGCUUCACCACACCGUACUGUGGGUUUUAAAGCAGGUCCUUUUUAUGUACAAGCAAAUUCUAUAGAUUUUUUUAUUAUUUGGUCAACCUUGGCUUCCCCUUUAGGACUUGCGCAUACAGAAGUUUGGCGACCUUACGACGUUUUCAUUGGAGUAAGUGUGCGAAAGAGGGUGAGAUAUUGCAUGGCUCCUAGCGUCUCACCUUUUAAGUUACUUUAGUAUCUCAGGCACCAGCACGAGUUUCAUUAGACACAAUCACACAGUGACGACGCAGACUUGCCUUUGGGUCCAAUGUAGAUGAAUUAUAUUUUCAAUCAUAGACAUUUGCCCUAAAUGGAUCUAUUUUACUGAGAUUUUACCAUCUUUAUAGCAGUGGGUAUCAUGCAAAUGUCAACCUUCACUUUUUUUAAGUUAGGUAUAUUGAAGUUAACAUGUGGUUUUCUAAUUUUUGUGGCUGUACCAAAUAAAAAGGCAACGUUUUUGACAAAAGAAAUUUAAGGUCAGUAGUUUGAUUACUGAGAAGCUCCACUGAAGCUCGCAGACUAACUUCGUAUACUAAGUCUGUGCGUUUUAUAUCCAUGUGAAUAGUGUCGCUGUGUUGAUAGUUCUCCUGUUAGAUUAAUAACUACAGACUGACACCGUUUUAACUUUUGUUGUUGGUUGUUUCAUUGGCUGUUGAGUACUGUUGUUCAAGUUUUGUUACCAUUGGAUGCACUGUACUUCAAUUAAUGCACAUGAUGCAUUACUGUAUCCAUCUACCUCUCCUGUUCAGUAAUGGAGGGACAGAGUAUGAACUUUUGACUGACCCAGCGUUCCUAAAAAUGAACAGAAAACUUGCAAACAAAAAACGUAUUUAUUUAGCACCUAGAACAUCUCCUUAAAUUGCAAUUCUUUGUUGUUCUCAGUGCAAUUGUUUUGUUUUUUCCCCUCCCCAAUGUCCUUUAACAAUCUUUUUCUUGGCCUUUGUAAGUGUGAUGUUAACUGGCUCAGGCACUUUUUCCAGUAAGCAGCCUGUUUUUUCAUUCUUUCUUUUAAUCUGAUCAUCCAUGAAGGAAAACUAUCAACCGAUCCCAUGUCAACCGAGCAUUUCACUCAGCCAGCACGCCGCUGUGAUGUUGAAUGUAGCUUAGCCGAUUUUAGUUCCCACAUUUUUUGCUGCUGGCCAUCAUGAGAUUGUUACAUUCCCGUAUCUACACCUGCUUUUGUUCUUUUCAGUUAUACCUCAUUUACUCUUAGGACAGUGCGGUCUAGCUUGUUGUAUCAUGUCAGGCAUUUUAACAGAAGGUAUGUGUAGUGCAGUAACCAUUUUGGUUGACCUGCAGAUCAUCUGGUGAAAGUUAGAGGGUCACUGGAAAGUUGCACAUGCUCCUCAAUAUCUAAAAUAAACUUAGCCUUCCCAACUCUGGAGUUACAUAAUGAAUAUAGGGAAUGACGGAUGAAAUUGUUUGGAGCCCCACCAUGUGUUUUUAGCAGUGUUUGUGUCAAUCUGAUUCUGUGGGGCAGAAAUUUACACAUCCCUAAUGAUCUCAGUCAACUUCUUUUACCAUUUUACUCCACUAAAUGGGUCAAUUUGAUUGUUAAAUGGUGGUAUCUUGUUGCAUGGGGACAUCUUGUGUAACUAUUUACUUAUGUUUGAGUUACAAAAUGGCAGUUUAUAGAGAAGCACUCAUACUUCUGCUGACCUGUACGUUGUAGAUCUUUUGUCAUGGGGCGGCUUUUUAAUGCCAAAUAUGAUUUGGAAGUCAUCAUAAUCUAACCACCUCUAAUGAAUAUUGUCGUUUUAAAAGAAUCCAUCAUAGAACGUCAUAUUGGCUUUGAAUAGGGACCUACGUACAUAUUACAUUGAAGGGAAGAAAGUAGCCAAAAUCUUUGUCAAGGUCUUCUUAGUCAUGUUUCUGCUUCAAAAGACAAUGGAGCAGGAUGAAUGGAAUGGAGUACAGCAAGCUGUGCACAAUUUACUUCUAUUAUGAUUUUAAUUUUAUUUGAGUUUUCUUUUAGCAGUUGUGAAAUGAGUUACCCUCUACUUAGCAUGAACCUUUAAAAACCUUUAAAACAACAUAAAAAAGAAAAACAAUUUAAAAAAAGAAAAAAAUACAUACCUAUGUACUGGAAACAUAAAGAAAUAUUGUACUCAUUUAAUUUUGACAGAAUUAUUUUUAUUAAAAUACACAUCCAUGAGCAAA